CCUUGUGAAAAGCCAGCCCACGGCACGGGGAAGUAUCCUCCUUGGACCUAGCCUGAAACAAGUAGAUCAUACUGUGUUGUGCGUACCGCAGCGAAUCAAUCAUGAAUCUUUUUGUUAGCCUUCGUGCCAUGUGAAAACCGUACCGCUGACCAACCCGAUGCGGAUGCACGGGUUGUCGGCGGAUCCCAAAUCAUGCCGAAGCUCCUCAUCCGAGACACAGCAUUGCCUGCAAACUUGGACAUCAUUCAGACCACCACCGCAUCUGCCUAAAAGUCUUCUGUCUUGCACCACAUCAUUUACCACUCGACGCUGUACAACGCUCUUUGCCUUAAAUAUUUGGUACAAUUCCUCAUCUCGAGUGCGCAGCAUAGCAACAGCCUGUGCAGACAAGCCACGUACCAAGAUCAAAAUGGGCCCACACGACAUCAUAGAGCUAUUGGCGAACCUAGACAUUGUUGUCGAAAGGAUCCGAGGGGACAGUGGCCGGCCUCAUAAGUCAGAGGUUCUGCGGAAGCUGCAACCACGUCUCAGGAAGCUGCAUACCGAAAGACAGAUUGAUAACAAACUCAAAUCGUUGAUUGGCAGCACAGACCCGAAGACCAUCGAGGACGUCUAUCGAUAUGGGAGCAGCCGCAUAAAAAAUCUUGAUGUUGACUUAAAGGCUAAGGUCCUGGAGGAAUUGAAAACCAUCAAGAGUGAGGAAGUAUGCGUUGUUGUGUCAACACCACGGCAGCUCAGAAGCGUUUCUCGAAAUCCCGUACCUGAAACGAGCCGCUCCACAAGAGGGAGCACCAUUUUCGGCGAGUGCACACCGACCAGAAGUGCAUCUCGAAAUCUCGCAAUUGAGACGAGCCGCUCCAUAAGAGGGAGGACCAAUUUCGGCGAACGCACACCGACCAGAACCGUGCGGAAAACUCAACGUGGAGAGCCACAAACUCGCGCACCCAAGUUGGUCAAGAAAGAGCCUCUGUUAAGCAAAGUGCGUAAUAGUUUUGAGAUUUGGAAACAAUAGCUCGAAUAUGUUUACUGACGUUGCCCGUUGAAGCAGACACCCCUGAACCGAAAUACCAGCACUGUUCCCAGGCAAAGAUUCCCC